AUGGAGUCGGAAGAAACCAGUGAGGGAGGUACCACUCCUCCAGAAGCCAGCAGCACCAGUAGGGAAGCCUCGGAUUCUGCAGCAGUCGAACAAGAGCAUCAUGCCCCUCACGCAUCAGCUGAAAUGAGUACCAGCCUGUCUGACUCUGCAAAGGGAGCAGAGCUCAGCACUCCUGAGGACCGCCUUUCUGCUCCCAGGGAAGCAGCAGAGAUGCUGGGCAGACCCUCUAACCUUGUGCAAAAACUGCUAGCAGAUCUGGAACAAGAGCAAGGUGAUGCAGAGCCUCGAAAGGGACUCUCAGAAGGAGAAAGAGAAAUGCUUUUAGAGGAGAGUGGACUGGAUUGUUCUUUGAAACUGAAGCAAGUAGAGCUGGUUGACCUGGAAAGCGACCAGGACUCUUCCUCUCUCAGCACAGUCCAGGAUGGGCCAGCCCCUGGCAAUGCCAUCCUGCAGGCUGCGGACCUCAGCAUUGAGUUUCCUCAGUGCCAGGCAGAACUGGCUUUUCAUGGCUCAGACCCCCAGGUUCAGCAUCCGAAAUCUUUGACUGAUGCUAUUUCCUCUCAGAGAGAUACACCUAAGUGCUUCUUGGUGUGUAAAACCAUUUCAGAGGGGCAUUAUAAGGCUGAGCCAUUUCUGGAUAAGGUAUCCAUGGAUUCUUUGCAGGAGGUUGAUGCUGGUACAGAGCAGAAGCAAAGCAGCAAAGAAGUGGCAUCUGCAACUGAUGAGCAGCCUACCUUGGAGGAAGCAGUAGAGGACAUGGCUAAACCUUACAAUUCUGAAGACGCUAAGGAAAGCAUAAGAGCACUCCAGGGUUUGGAAGAGAAUACAGAUGCUUCCUCUUCCCAGCAAUUGUCUUCCACCUUAACAGAUGACAGCCAAAUAAGUUCACUACAAGCAGAAGGAAACAUCUCAGCUGGUGAAACGAGGAGUAGCAUCACGGUCAAAGACCAGGGAACAGUAACAGUUCCUAAAGAAAAUGCAUCCACUUCCAAAUGCCUUCAUCCUGAAGAUGACCACAGAAAAGCAGAGGGCAGACCUGCCUCUCCAGCAGAUAGUGCUUUCCAAGGAGAAGGAAGAUCUUUGGAGCCCAAAGAUCAGAAAAACAAGGAACAAAAUGAGCAGGAACAACUGCGGAGGGAAGAGCUCAAACUGGAGGCUCUAUCAUCAGUUUCCAGGUCAGAGACACCUUCUUUUCCCAGGCACAAUGUGGACUUGUGUCAUUUGGAGAAUGUUUUUUUGCCUGAGGAAAUGGGAUCAGCAUUUCUUCCUGAAGAACCUGUCUCUGUGGGUCAGCAUGCUAGUGAGGAUGUACUGCUGAAAGCUUAUGUCACAGAAGCAGGUUCUGGAUGUCAACCACCCGCUGUCAGCCCUCUGUCCUCAAAUAACCUGAACCCAGUGGGUGAAACUCCAGUGACGCCUCCACACACAUGCCAUAUCUCUGACCAGGCAGAAGACCUAGAAGACUCUGGCCGCUUUUCCAUCGGUGGUCAGGAUGUGGGAGAAGCUGACUGGGAUGACAGGACAAGACUGGGCAGGGAGGAUGAGCACAGUGAUGGACUCGGAAAGGCUGUUCAGAGUUUUGAUAAAAGAGAUGCUCCACUCCAUGGAGGAGUGGCAGCACCUUCUAGUGCAGAGAACCCAGAGGCUUCUGUUCCAGCACAGCCUUCCUGUGAUACCAAGACCUUGGAGCAACCUGAUCCCACAGAUGCUUAUCUUGUUACAGAAAACUUGGGAAAAGCUGAGCUUCAGGACUUCAUGCCAGCUUUACCCUCAGAGCUCACCUCUGUGGCUUCAAUGUCUGGCCCACGGCAAGAGGGUGCUAGUGGAACAGCCCAUGUGACCCCUAAGGACUAUACUGGUGCCAACUUGAACAAACUACUAGACUCUGUAGAGAACCAAGCUGCUUCUGUACGAGCACGGGACCCAACAUCAGGGGAAACUGCUGUUGUACGUACUGAUCCAGGGGAGGCCAAGACUUCCCAUGAACUCCUUACUUCUGAAGAAGACUUUCAUGAAGACCUUAGUGGCCCGUCUUCUUUUUCUGUAAUAUACACGAGCUGUCUUCCUCUAGAUGGGAGCCUUCCUGAGGAUAGGAGGACUGUGGCUGUCACUGAAGGACCUCUGGAACCACCCCAAACACCAGAUAGGACUUCCACUCCCCUGAACCACUCAGAGACAAUUCAGCAAAACCUCCCAGAGAAAAGUGCCAUUAUACAACGAAAAGAAAUGGGAGCAAAUGUAGAUCAUGAAGCACAACAAAUGCCUUUACUUGAUCAAUCUGACUGCAUUUUAAACCAAAAAGAGCCUGGAUCCAGAAUCUCCAGUGUCCUGAGCACUCUAACUUGGCCUUCUGAAGAAGACAUGGUCCUUGCCGUGAACCAGCAAGAACAACCUCUGUCCCCUGUGUCCUACUCAAGCCUACCUCUGGUGUCUGAGCCUGAUGCCAAACAGCUUUCUCAUCCUCCUUCCCGUGUCCAAAGCCCCAGCCAAGCUCAGACCCCAGCACUUAAUGCAAAUCACCUUGCUCAACCUCCAGCCCCUGAAAGUUACCAGCUGCUGGCUCCUGUACCCCACUCCAGGCAACAUCUCAACUGUGGUAUGGACAAUAAUAAGUCACCAGCCAUUCUCCCUACUAUAAACCAUCCUCUCCAGACUGCCACCUCUGUGCCUGAUUCUAACACUGUGGCCUCUGCUUCUGAUGGAGAAGAUGUAGCAGAGAAAGAUGACCUUGUUCCAGUAACUAGAGAGUGGGAUCUUGGUGACUCAAGUACCCAUGAUACAGAGACUUCUGAUGACUCAGGGGUCAGUUUGUUGGCCAAAAGCUUUUCUGCUAUUGGAAAUGAGGCAUUGGCCGGCUGCUCUGACACCAGCUCUGAAACAACAGAUCAGCACAUGGAUAUACAGCAUGGAAAAUCCUCACCUGACCACCCUUCUUGGCCCUCGCUGGAAAGCCUGAUAACAUCCACAGACUCCAAGAGCAGAGACUCUGCACAGCCGCUUCCAAUGCUUGCAUUCACCAAUCCAAUCCACUUCCUCCAGCUCAGCCCUCCAUCACCGCCAACUACCAGAAGGACUUCCCAAGAGGACGUCUCAGGGGAGCUGCGAUGGGAGCAACAGGCGGGCAUCUUUGGUGUGGAUACAAAGAACGUUCAAGCUCCAUUGGCAAUCACAGAGAAAACAGAAGAUGAGAGAAGGGUCAAGCAAAGGCUGGAAAGAGAAGUGGGAGAACACCACUUGGUAGCUCAGCCAAAGGAGGAAAUGCCCAGACAUUCACCCUUGGAAAAAUCAUCAAGUUGGCCAGACAAAAAGCCGAUCAGGGUAGUUGCACAGGAGCCAGCAGCCAAUCAAGGAAACCCAAUUAAACGCCGAGUAAAAAGCAAAGACUGGCACCGGCAGGGCCUGAAGAGGACAUCAGUACCACCAGACAUCUUGCCGGAAAUCUCUCCUGUUCCUUCAGAGGAAGAAGCUCACAAGACACACAGGGAACCACUCGUCAGUUCAGAAACAGUUAUAUUGCGAGAGAAGAAACCUGCAGAUGCAAUGGAGAACUUCAAACGUCGGCACUCCAAACUGAUCAACUCCUCAAGAUUGCUGUAUCAGGAGUACAGUGAUGUGGUUCUGAACAAGGCCAUUCAAAGCCAGAAGAGAGUGGAUUCUUUCGCAGAGGAUAUAGAGUCGAGUUUCCCAAACUCCCCAAGGCUACGGAGGAAAGUGCUGUCUCCCCAGGACUCGUAUUUACAACGUCUGUCAGUCUCAUCGAACGCGUCCCUCUGGCAGGACAUCCCCAUGAUUCGGGGCAGCAGAAUGCUACUCAAUAUGUCUCGUGAUGAGCAGAAGCUGCAAGAGGCCAAGUUUGAGCUGAUAAUGUCUGAGGCUUCGUACCUGCGCAGUUUAAACGUGGCAGUGGAUCAUUUCCAGCGAUCAGCAGAGCUCCAGGCAAUGCUCACCAAUCAGGAGCGCCAGUGGCUUUUCUCCCGCCUUCAUGAUGUACGCGAUGUCAGCGCCAGUUUCCUCUUUGACUUGGAGGAGAAAUUUGAGGAGGACAUGUUCACCUUCCACGUGUGUGAUGUCGCUCUGAAACACGCCCCCGAGUUCCGCAGGGUAUAUCUACCAUACGUAACAAACCAGACAUAUCAGGAGCAAACCUUCCAGCGGUUACUAAAUGGAAACGCAGGAUUCCAGCAAGUCCUGGAGAGACUGGAAAGUGAUCCAGUAUGCCAGCGCCUCUCACUUAAAUCCUUCCUCAUCCUCCCUUUCCAGCGCAUCACUCGACUUAAACUCCUCCUACAGAAUAUCCUGAAGAGAACUCGGCCAGGGUCUGAGGAGGAAGUACAAGCAACACAGGCCUAUGAUGCACUUGAAAAGCUCAUCAAAGAUUGCAAUGAAAAUGUCCAGCGCAUGAAGAGCACUGAAGAGCUGAUCUACCUCAGCCAGAAGAUUGAAUUUGAGUGCAAGAUAUUCCCACUCAUCUCACAGUCGAGGCGACUUGUGAAGUGUGGUGAGUUGACAGCAUUGGACUUCAACACUCUGAGUCCAAAAUGGAAAGUCACCACCCGUCCCAUCUACCUGCAUCUUUUCAAUGACUGUCUGCUCCUGUCUCGGCCGAAGGAGGGUGGACGUUUUGUUGUGUUUGAUCAUGCCGCUUUCUCCGAUGUGCGUGGGGAGAAGUGUGAGAUGAAACUGCACGGAACAAACAAAAAUGUUUUCCGUCUCUUUCUACUUCAGAAUUACCAGGGGUUUUUGUUUCGUACAGAGACACACAGUGAGAAGCUGAGGUGGAUCUCUGCUUUGGCUCCUCCACGAGGAGAGCUGGACCUCCUGGAAUGCCCUGAUGCACCACAGGUUCAAUGCAUAAAGACUUACAAGGCUCGGGAAAACGAUGAGCUGGCUUUGGAGAAGGCAGAUAUCAUCAUGGUUAUGCAGUACAGCAAUGAUGGAUGGAUGGAAGGAGUAAAACUUUCAGACCGGGAGAGAGGCUGGUUCCCCUCAGAACACGUGGAACUCAUCUCCAGCAAACACGCACGGCAGAAGAACCUGAAGGAGGAACAACGCGUGAAGAAUGCCAAGCAGCAGGUCUUCUGCAAGAAGUAAGACUCUACUUUGUUUGGACCUGUACAGUCUCCCUGCCAUAGGGAAACAAUCUUUUUUCUAUUGUGCCUCAGAAGAAACACCUUUGCGAAGAGCGUAAUACA